CUCCGACUACAAGACCGCUGCCUUCCCAUCAACCCGCCCGCUUCACAACCACCACGGCUCAGAGUCCAUCACUGCAUACCUCCAAAGCCUCUUUCUCUAGUUCUGUUUGUCUUUCUUGCCACCAAGGACUCGUUCGCCCACCAUGUCGGCUGAACCAGAUCACACGAAGCCCAAGAUCAACCUCGCAAAUGAUCCAUCUGGCGCUGCACCCAAAGAUGCCGAUGAGACGGCGACGGCUAUCCUCAAGAAGAAGAAGAAGCCAAACUCCUUGAUCGUCACCGAUUCCCUCAACGAUGACAACUCCAUCAUUGCCCUUUCCAACAACACCAUGGAGACCCUCCAGCUCUUCCGGGGCGACACAGUGCUCGUCAAGGGCAAGAAGCGCAAGGACACUGUCCUCAUCGUGCUGGCGGACGAUGAUCUCGAUGACGGGAGCGCACGCAUUAACCGUGUCGUUCGCCACAACCUCCGGGUCAAGCACGGAGAUAUCAUCUCUGUCCACCCUUGCCCGGACAUCAAAUAUGCCAAGCGUAUCGCCGUCCUCCCCAUUGCUGACACCAUCGAGGGCAUCACCGGCUCAUUAUUCGACGUUUUCCUCGCCCCAUAUUUCCGCGAAGCAUACCGGCCAGUACGACAAGGCGACACUUUCACCUGCCGCGGUGGUAUGCGACAAGUGGAGUUCAAGGUCGUUGAGGUAGAUCCCCCGGAAAUCGGAAUCGUCGCACAAGAUACCGUCAUCCACUGCGAGGGCGAGCCGAUACAGCGUGAAGAUGAAGAGGGCAACCUCAACGAAGUCGGUUAUGAUGACAUUGGAGGCUGCCGGAAGCAGAUGGCACAGAUCCGAGAACUUGUUGAGCUGCCUCUGAGACAUCCCCAGCUCUUCAAGUCGAUCGGUAUCAAGCCUCCCCGUGGUAUCCUCAUGUUCGGCCCCCCUGGUACCGGUAAGACUCUCAUGGCCCGCGCUGUCGCCAACGAGACCGGCGCAUUCUUCUUCCUCAUCAACGGCCCCGAGAUCAUGUCGAAGAUGGCCGGUGAAUCCGAAUCGAACCUCCGCAAGGCCUUCGAGGAGGCCGAGAAGAACUCGCCCGCGAUUAUCUUCAUCGACGAAAUCGACUCGAUCGCGCCUAAGCGUGACAAGACCAACGGCGAAGUCGAGCGUCGUGUUGUCUCACAGCUUCUGACACUGAUGGACGGCAUGAAGGCCCGUUCCAACGUGGUCGUCAUGGCCGCCACCAACCGACCUAACUCCAUCGACCCUGCUCUGCGACGAUUCGGUCGUUUCGAUCGUGAGGUUGAUAUUGGUAUCCCGGACCCAACUGGACGUCUCGAGAUUCUCCAGAUUCACACCAAGAACAUGAAGCUUGGCGACGAUGUCGAUCUCCAAUCGAUCGCCUCGGAGACUCACGGAUAUGUCGGUUCCGAUUUGGCCUCACUCUGCUCUGAGGCAGCCAUGCAGCAAAUUCGCGAGAAGAUGGAUCUUAUUGAUCUCGAUGAGGACACCAUCGACGCCGAGGUUCUCGACUCUCUCGGUGUCACUAUGGAGAACUUCCGUUUCGCCCUUGGCGUCUCCAACCCAUCGGCUCUUCGCGAAGUUGCCGUUGUCGAGGUUCCCAAUGUCCGCUGGGAAGAUAUUGGAGGUCUCGAGGACGUCAAGCGCGAGCUCAUCGAGAGUGUGCAAUACCCCGUCGAUCACCCCGACAAGUUCCUCAAGUUCGGUCUUUCGCCAUCUCGCGGUGUGUUGUUCUAUGGUCCCCCUGGUACUGGUAAGACGCUGCUCGCCAAAGCCGUCGCCAACGAGUGUGCGGCCAACUUCAUCUCCAUCAAGGGCCCCGAACUGCUAUCCAUGUGGUUCGGGGAGUCUGAGAGCAACAUUCGGGACAUUUUCGACAAGGCCCGAGCUGCCGCACCUUGCGUCGUCUUCCUUGACGAGUUGGAUUCGAUAGCCAAGUCACGUGGUGGAUCCGUCGGUGAUGCAGGAGGUGCCUCUGACCGUGUGGUCAAUCAGCUUCUGACCGAAAUGGACGGUAUGACCUCGAAGAAGAACGUCUUCGUCAUUGGUGCUACCAAUCGACCGGAGCAGCUUGACAAUGCCCUUUGCCGUCCCGGACGUCUAGAUACUCUCGUCUAUGUCCCACUUCCCGACCAGGAAUCUCGUGCUGGUAUCCUCAGGGCACAGCUCCGCAAGACCCCUGUUGCUGACGACGUCAACAUCGAGUACAUUGCAGCCAACACGCACGGAUUCUCUGGUGCCGAUCUUGGCUUCGUUACCCAGCGUGCCGUCAAGCUUGCCAUCAAGCAGUCCAUCUCGAUGGAAAUCGAGCGCACUAAGGCACGCGAGGCAGCUGGCGAGGACACGGAGAUGGAGGAGGAAGAAGGCGACGAUCUCGUCCCGCAGCUUACCAAGGCCCACUUCGAGGAGGCCAUGCGGACUGCCCGUCGCUCAGUUACCGAUGUGGAAAUCCGCCGCUACGAGGCAUUUGCCCAGAGCAUGAAGAACACCGGAGGCAGCAGCUUUUUCCGAUUCCCCGAGGAUGGCGCUGGGCAGAAUGGUGCUGAUGCAAACGCUUUCGGUGCCACCGGCGAGGACGAGGAUCUGUACAACUAAGCCAAUGGGUUUAGAGGUCCAAGUUCUUGGCUAAUAAUGUUCUCUGCAUGGAUACUACUUUCAUUUCCUUCGGUGUGGGUGGAUCAUGGAUAGACUGAGUGAGGUGUUUUCUAGCUGCCAGCAUCUCUGCCUCUUAGGACUAAUUCUGCCAGGAGGUGGGUGGGAUGGAAAGGGAGGACAGUUAGUCUCUGAUUUGCAAAUUCGGGACGAAGUGGAAUUGUGCAUAGGUAGACGCGGCAG